AUGCCAAUGUUAAAAAGAUUAUUGCGUAAGGAGGAGCUCGAUGAGUCGAUGGAGAACAUGACGGCCGAGCAGCUCUUUGCAUCGAGUAUAUACUGCCAAGAAAUGAAGAUACAACGACAACAAGUGGCUGCAAUUUGCACGGCAUCGUUUGUUAUGAUGUCAACGUUAGCGCGUCAGGAAAAAGCUACAAGUUCUGUGAUAGGACAUUCAAAUUAUAGAGCUGAAACAUGCGAUAUCAACGAAUGCGUAGAGGCUGCUUUACAAGUGACAAGAGGAGGAAAAAAAGUAUUGUUCCUGGUGCGUGAUCCAAAGUUCGUGACAAAGAAACUGGCAGUGGCUGUUUCAAAUCCUGCUGCAGCCAUGACGACAGAGAUAGCUGCCAAGUGUCUUCACCAGAUUCAUUUUCGACAAUGUCGGAGUAUCUACGAGCUGUUACGUGAGCUUGAUCAUGUUGAAAAGAGCUCGCUAGAGAUGCAAGAUACACAAAGGAUUCAUCUUGUAAUUCUUGGUCCACUUUGUGAGUUAUUAUCCGGUUUCCAGACUGUAUCGGGGAUGACAGUUACAGGUGCCGGUUUCAAGCGUAUGGUAGAACUCGCCGUCAAGCGUUUGCAAACAAUUCCAAAUAUUCAUGUCAGCGUCAUCAAGACCUAA